GUGGUCUCCCCUGGAAACCAUCAUGCUGAAUUCUAGGUGUAUUCAUCAUGGUGGGCUAACUGAACUGCCUUUUUAUCCUCACCUAUCAUUUCUCACUGGUACCCCGCCAGUAUACCAUUAGCGCAGGUGGGGUAAACCAUUCCAUUAUAAAAAAAAAUCCUAACUGCAGUUGCUAAUCUGCGUACUAAAAGUGGUGAAUUCUGUCAAAACUCCCCUUAUGGGGAAGCUUUAUGUUCAACAGUGAAGGCUGAAAUAACUACAUUAUACAUGAAGCUACAUGGAAACAAUGACACCCUUCGUCCGUGUUAUCCACGAAGCAGAUUUAGAAACGGAAUACAAGUAUCCGAGGAGAGAAUCGUACGUGCCAAGCGGUGCGCUGUGGGCCAUAGUGCUGUCCGUACCAUUCACACUGUCUCUACUGGCGUGGGCGGUUUGCAAUGAUUGCAAUGAUGCGUUAGAGAUUCUACUGGCGUGGUCGUUAGCACUAGGCAUAAACGGAGUUCUAACUGAUUCCGUAAAAUUAAUAGCAGGCCGUCCGCGACCGGAUUUCUUCUACCGCUGCUUCCCGGACGGUGUGGAGCGACCAGACCUGCAAUGUACAGGCGACCCCCUCGACAUAAUGGAGGGCAGGAAGUCCUUCCCCAGUGGACACAGUAGCUUGUCGUUCUGCUCGCUGGGCGUGGCGGCGGCGUGGGCGUGCGGGCGGCUGCGCGCGCUGGGCCGGCGCCGCGGCAGCAGCGCGCGCCUGCUCGCCAGCCUGGCGCCGCUCGCGCUCGCCGCCGCCGUCGCGCUCUCCAGGACCUGCGACUACCACCACCACUGGCAGGAUGUGCUAGUGGGCUCUAUCCUUGGCUACACAACGGCGAUAUUUUGUUACCGCCAGUACUAUAACCCGCUCAGCAGCGACCUGGCCGGCGUCCCAUACGUGGUGUCCAACUUGAACUUGGCCAAGUACGUGAGUGGGAAACCCGACGUCAGCCCAGUGAAGGGCGACGGCAAAGAAUUGGAAUCGACGCCGCUACUUAACGGCAGGAAAGAGGACAAGUGGAUAUAAAUGUAAAAAAUUAAUAGUAGCAUUUACGCUGCAAUAUCGGUGCGUUUACGCUACGUUAUCAGUGCGUUUACGCUACAAUAUCAAUAUGUUUACGCUGCGAUAAUUACCUUUAUACAGAGUAAACAUAACACUAAGGUAGCGUAAGCGUAAGUAACAAUUAUAUUGCGUUAUCGGAGCGUUUACGCUACGUUAUCAGUGCGUUUACGCUGCGAUAUCAUUACCUUUGUACAGAGUAAACGUAACGUGAAGGUAGCGGAAACGUAACAAUUAUAUUGCGUUAUCGGAGCGUUUACGCUACAUUUAUCAAUGCGUUUACGCUGUUUUAUCAGUGCGUUUACGCUACGUAAUCAUUACGUUUAUACAGAGUAAAUGCAACGAUAAGGUAGCGUAAGCGUAACAAUUAUGCUGCGUUACCAGUGCAUUUAUGCUGCGUAAAUACAUGUAUAUCAAUGUGUUUACGUUGCAUUAUCGUUGCGUUUACGCUGCGUUAUUGAUCUCGUUCCAAUUUACAAAGUUCCACAAAUAGUGAUAUGUCUAUAAAGUUUACUAUAAAAAAAAAUUUUAUAUUAUCAUAGAUAAAUGGUAUUCGUAAAGAUUUUUAAUACGUAUGCCGCCAUAAACAAAUAGUUACCCAUAGACACGAGAGAGAGCAUUUUUUUUUGUUUCACAUGUCAACAGUGAAGCAACGUACAAGUGUAAAACUAACUUUAAAAAAAAAUUGCAAGAAUGCUUUAUGGUACAUAAUACAGUAUUGUCAAGCAAACAGAUGACAUGAAUACGACUAGCUGUAUCCCGCGGCUUCGCCCGUGAUCGUAUAGUGACGUCGAGUAUCCUGUAAUCUUCCUCAAGACAUGAUAAAAGAAUGCACCAGAUGAAAACAUAAAAGUAAGUUCUCAUAUUCAUUUUAUACUAGUGGUCGCCACGUGGUCGAAAUUCGACCAUAACAUAUAUUGUAAUAAAUGAAUUUAUUAUGGUUAUGUUUGAUACUAUAGACAAAUAAUAUUAAAGGCAAACAAUAUCAAUCUAUUCUUUUUGAGACUUCAAUAUAUAUAUAUAUAUAUAUAUAUAUAUAUAUAUAUAUAUAUAUAUAUAUAUAUAUAUACAAAAAAAGAUUUUUUUGUACAUUCAUAAUAUAAUAUUUAUAUACAGUGUCCCAGAACUUUUAGAGCACCUAUAUAUAUAAAUGCGUAAAGUAAAAACUUUGUACCCCUUUUUACGAAAAUUGCGCGAGCAGACGAGGAUGAAACUUCGCACACUUAUAGUUUAUAUAGAAAAGGAGUACAUGGAAUGCUAUUUUUUUUUUUUAAUUAUGCAUAAAAAAUACUUGAAGUAAAAAAUAAAAUCACGAUAAUACAUUUUCAUUAAAUUCUAUUGAAAUAGUCUAUAAAUUUGUAAUUCAAGAUGGCGCGUAGUGUCAAAAGACGUUUUAGAAGCGAUCGGUUUUGUAAAACAUACUAUUGAUAAUAUAGUAAAUAUGCAUAAUUAAGAUGACAGUUUAUCCAAUAAAAGUAAAUUUGGGUAAUAUAUAGCAAUAUCUAUAUAUCGUAGUUACAAUAUCUAUACAUAUAUUGGCCCAAUAACAGAUAUAAUUAUAGGGCAUCCAAUAUAUAAUAUCGAAAAGAAGUACCCGCUCGUAAUGAAUAUAGAUAUCCGACUGGUAUGAACGAUAUCGCAAUGUGUUGCCAUCAAUGGCCAGAAGAACUCGAUAUAUAGAUAUUGGAUACUAACCAUCGCUAAAUAAAAGUCGCUACAUAUUGGAUUAAAAGUUUUAAAAGCGCGCCAUUUUUGUCACUACAUUUGUAGCUGUUAUUUUGAGGUUAUAAAUCUAAGAUUUAUUGUAAUUAUAACGAUAUUUUAUAUAUUUUUCCAAAAAUUAAGUAAAAAAAAUUAAAUAAAGAGAUUAAAUUAACAGAAAUAAAAACUAAGUAUAAAUAAUAAUAGUAAUAAUAUUAUAACAGAUUUAUAUGUAAGGAUAAUUAAAAUGGCUGACGUUUCCCGCCAUUUUUUUUAACAGGGUUCGUUGUUUUGUUACAAUAAUUUAAUACAAUUUUUUGUAUUAAAUUAUUGUAACAAAUUGGGUAUGUUCGUUUAUAAAACCAUUCCUAAUUAUGUGAUAGAUAUUGUGAAAAUGCAUUUAUAGUUGUUAAUAAAUUGAUUUUUUUAUUUAUUUAUCAAUUUCUAUGAACAAAGUUAACAUUUUCGAGCAAAAAAAAAAAAAACUAAGCAGAACAAAGGAAAAAAGUUUGCGAUUUUUUUUAGACGGUAAAAAGGCUAAAGUAUGUUAUUCAUACAGCUAUGUAUCAUUUCUUACUGUCACUAUAAGGUAAUAUUUUAAUGUACAUAUAAAUCAGUUUUAGCAGAAUGGAAUUUUAAAGAGAAAUUUAAUUAUUUAUAAUUAUAGUGUAAUCACUUUGAAGUAACAAUGUUUAGAAAAUUUUUCUAUUAUUAUAAAUUCGUAUAUUUAUAAAUAGUUAUAUCAAAUUAAAAAUAAUUAGUACAAAAAUAUAUUUUUAGUUUUUGCUGAAAUUGAAAUAAGUGAAAUUCGGUUUCAGCUAUAAAAUAAUAUUUUCGGUUUUUAUUAUGGUUUACCAUGGAAUGGCAACCUCGCUUGCGCCUUUUUUUUAAAUUUUUAUUAAUGGGUGAUAAUGGUAUGGUAACCCCGCCUGCGCUAUCGGCAUACACCGGCGGGGCACCAGUGAGGGAUGAUAGGUGAGAAUGAAGCAGGUCAGUUAGCCCAUCGUGACGAAUCUAAAAAUAAAUCAAUCACGAUGGUUUCCAGGGGGAACCACGAGGAGGUCGACCUGACAGAGUAUAUUGCUAGCAAUGGGACUACUAAUCCCCAUUACUAACAAUCCCUUCUCCCCCCGCCCCGCUUGCGCUAUCGGUAUACACUGGCGGGGCACCAGUGAGGAAUGAUAGGUGAGAAUGAAAAGGCAGGUCGGUUAACCAGUCAACCAUUAGGAUUUGCAGAAAUAAACCCUUUCCGCUCCGUUGUCGCCGUAUUUGCGACCUUAGAACGCUAACAUUAAAUCCACUAUCGCGGAUACAGCGACACGAUUGUUUUACUGACAGCGCCCUCAACACUUAGGUAAACGAAAUCUUGUGUUUAAUAUUUAUUUAUUCUUUAUUGCACAAUAAAAGUUUGUACAAGUGGCGAGCUUAAUGCCAUAUGGCAUUCUCUACCAUACAUACAUACCAUACAUAUAUCAAAACUACGAUAAACAAUAUGAGAUAUAGUAAAUAUUGAGUAACCUUUGUAUUAUGUUUCAUGGUUAUAUUAUGGUGUAACGUUGCGAAACGUAUCCCAAAGAGGGUUGACGUCAGGCAGGUGGCCGGUCGUAAAACUAAAAACCAAGUCUUUUUGUAAUAUGGACAAAAUCAUAUUACGCCGAUCCCACAUUAUUGGGAUAAGGGUAGGAAGAUGAUGAAGAUAUGGUGUAACGAUGCGUCUUGCUACAGUUUACAUCAGUAUUUUCCCAACACUUGAACAUUUCCAAAAUUUUUACGCCCCCAUACAUAAUUUUUCCCGACAAAGUUUACUUGACGACUCUAAUCGCCCGGUUGACGUUUUGGUAACGUCAAACGAAAUUAUACCUAAUAAGUAUUUACAGAUUUUUUUUUAAUUUAACUUUUUUUUUUUUGUUAAAUUUGGCACCGAUAUCUACUCGUAGCAUUGCAUUUAAAUGGUCCGGGGUAAGAGGGUUAAAAUCGCUUCGAGUCCAUUUUUAAUUACAAUUAUCAAAUUAAAAUUGCCCCCUUGUGGGGCGUGGGUCCCACGUUGGGAAACACCGGUUUACAUUAUAAUAAGUAUUAUGAGUUACUAGGCUGGAGUACAAAGUAUAGAGAGAUAUUCGGACUAAGAGUCGUGCUACAUUUUUGUACUUAAUUUAUAUAUAUAUAUAUAUAUAUAUAUAUAUAUAUAUAUAUAUAUAUAUAUAUAUAUAUAUCUGCGAUAUAUGGUUUUGUAAAGUUACAGUCUCUUUUGUAAAGUUAACAAAAAAAUUUACAUUCUAAUGUUGGUAAAACAUGGCCGAACUGUAAUGUCAUUAAAAUACCCAGUAAUUUACUUACUACACACAAAUUUAUGCGAAUAAAUUUCUUUGAAUUUUUUUUUUUAAAUUAAAUUCGUUCUCUUAAUGUAAAUAUGUACUUGUUUGUGAUCAAAAUAUACAUUGUAUGUCUUUAUAGAGUAUAUACAAAGAUGUCCAUAUCAUAUAUUUGAAAUACAUUCAUUUGAAAAAAUAUACUGGUUUUAUUUACAUAAGACAUUCUGAAAAUAAAAUGUUCUGAGCUUUUUUAAUUGGUGAUAACGACUGAGAAUCCCAUUGCAGCAAUAUACCCAACCAGGUCGACCUCCUCGCGGUUCCCCCUGGAAAGUAUCAUGGUUAAUUCCUGAUGAAUUCAUCAUGAUGGGCUAACUGGCCUGUUUCUAUUCUCAUCUAUCACCCUUCACUGGUGCUCCGCCAGCGUAUCCCGUUAACGCAGGCGGGGUUGCCAUACCAUUUUCACCCAUCAAAAAAAAAAAUGGGUGAUAACGGAACGACAAUCUCGUCUGCCCGCCUUAAUACAUUUAGUUUUUUUUUUUUAUACAACUUAGAAUGGCAAACAAGCUGACGGCUCACCUGAUGAUGAAAGUAGUAACCGUCGCCUAUAGACAUGAGCAGUACCGUGGACAUAACAGAGUAUACUGUUCCGCCCAUGAUACCCCCCAUGCGUUGCCAUUCCUGAGGACUCAGAUGUUAUUCCUCUGUACCCAGUAAAUUCACGCCAUAUUCCACCCUUCAAACCGUAACACAGCUAUAUUAGUCUAUGCUUUCUAAGGUGUCAAUAAAAAAAAAACAAAAUCAUUCCAAAUUCAAUUUAUAUAAUUAAAAAAAAAAAAACUUAUAAACUUCAUACAAGGAUUCUAUACAUUAAUAUCACAAAUCAUAUUUUAUACAUUAAUCUAUAAUUUAUCUACGUCAUUUUUAUACUUGGCACAGUUAAUAAACCAUCUUGAUAUUUAUCGAAAUGAGACAUUAUAAAGUUCCUAAUUGUAAGAUCCGUCGUGUGGUCCCGGCAUAGAAUGGACCACCCCUUACACACUCGUGGGUGUCGUUAGAAGCAACUAAAGGAAUUUAACAGUUGAGGAGUAGUUUUUUUUUUUUUUAUCAUAAUAUCUAAAUGACAUAUGUAAAACGCAUUAACAAAAAAAAAAUUCAUUUAAUUAUUGAUUCGAUUUUCAAAUCGAUUAUCCGGAUUCUCGAUUAUACGGAAUACAGCUGACUAUUUGAUUCGGAUAAUCGAGAUACUACUGUACAUCCACAAUGGGGAUUUCAUUCGAAUAAAUAAUAAUAAAAAAAAAACCGGAUGGAGUCGAAACAAUUGUUGGAAACGACAAAUAACCUAAGUUCGUUAAAUUCCCGUUGGGCAUUUACAUAGACAUUUUGUAUAUAGAUUACAGCCAUUACUUAUUAUAUAUUUAAUAAAAUUAUAUUUCACUUUUA